AGUAUAGGCGUUACUGUGGUUGUUCUCAAUGUUCACUUCCGUUCACCACAAACACACAAAAUGGCCCCUUGGGUGAAAAGAGUUUUCAUACACAUUCUUCCACGACUAUUAGUCAUGAGGAGGCCUCAAUAUAAAUUUGACACUAGCAGGUACACUUCCGGCAGAGUGCUAAUGAGGACCGUCAGAGGAAGGGAGAAGACUUGCUAUUAUCCUUACCACACGCCGACUCAGGAAGACAGUGAAGAACAUCUUACACCCAAGAGAUUCCACAGCCGUCCUCCAUCAAAGGAAGAUCUCUCGCCUUCCAG